AAGGCAGCUGAGAAGGAAACCAACCACCAUUGACUUUCCCAAGGAAAAACAGUAGUGGGGGUAAGUCUGGAUUUCACCCUGAUUCUCUCUGGAGCCCUAGGUGCUGGAGAGAUCAGUUCCAGACACACAGGAGAUGAGCUUCCCCAGCAGAAAGGGCUUCUACAGGCAGGAAGUCAACAAGACAGUCUGGGAACUUCCUAGGCGAUACACUUCCAUUGUCUCAGUGGGCUCUGGAGCUUAUGGAUCUGUCUGUUCAGCAAUAGAUAAGAAAACAGGAGAGAAAGUGGCUAUCAAGAAGCUCUGCCGCCCAUUUCAAUCUGAGAUCUUUGCCAAGCGAGCCUAUCGAGAACUCACACUGCUAAAGCACAUGCAGCAUGAGAAUGUCAUUGGGUUACUUGAUGUUUUCACAUCAGCUACUUCGUUUGACGGAUUCCAGGACUUCUACCUGGUAAUGCCUUACAUGCGAACAGAUUUACAAAAGAUAAUGGGACAUCAGUUCAGUGAAGAAAAGAUCCAGUAUCUAAUCUAUCAGGUGUUGAAAGGGCUGAAGUAUAUUCAUUCUGCUGGAAUCAUUCACAGGGAUCUGAAGCCUGGUAAUUUAGCAGUAAAUGAGGACUGCGAACUAAAGAUCUUGGACUUUGGCUUGGCAAGGCAUACAGACACUGAGAUGACUGGCUAUGUGGUGACUCGUUGGUACAGAGCACCGGAAGUAAUUCUUAAUUGGAUGCAUUACAAUCAGACUGUGGACAUCUGGUCUGUUGGCUGUAUCAUGGCAGAAAUGCUGACAGGGAAAACACUGUUUAAGGGUAAAGACUAUCUUGAUCAGCUGACUCAGAUUUUGAAAGUAACAGGAAGCCCUGGAGAGGAAUUUAUCCAGAAACUAGAAGACAAAGCGGCCAAAAGCUACAUACAGUCGCUGCCCAAGAUUCCCAAAAUGGAUUUAUCUCGACUUUUCCCCAAAGCCAGUCCUCUAGCUGUGGACUUGCUUGACAAAAUGUUGCAGCUGGAUGUGGAGAAGCGUCUUACAGCCACACAAGCUCUUGCUCAUCCAUAUUUUGAACCAUUUAGAGAUGUUGAGGAGGAGACAGAGGCACAGCAUUCCUAUGAUGACUCCAUAGGGGCGGAAAAACUUUCAAUCAAUGAAUGGAGAAGACAUAUUUACAAUGAAAUACUAUCAUUCAGCCCAAUCGCAAGGAAAGACUCCAAGAGGAGGAGUGGUAUGACACUGUAAACUGAUGCUGGACCAACUUUUCCAUGAUGUAACAAAUACCAGUGUUUUGACUUCAACAAGGCUUAAAUAGUAAUCAGUAUGAAAAGGUCUGUAUACUGUAUGUAGAAUAAAAGGACACUGAGUAUAUAGGAUGUUUAGCCUUAGUAUGAAGGCUGGAGCUGGAAAAGUAACAUCUUUCAGUGCCAAAAAUGGAUAUGCUUCUUAUUAAAGCUCUUUAUGAUA